AUGAUAAACGAAAGCGUUAAAGCGUCGAAAAAAGAAGCUAUAGUGUCGCCUGUAGCGUCACCUGCCGGGCCACAGGCGGCGUCGCGGUCGGCUUCGCCGCCGCUUGUGCCGCUAGGGCGUGCCGCAGAGCUCCGCAGAGAGGAAGACACUCUCUACACGUGUGCGUCGAGCGACUCGCUCGCGCACCUACAGGGGUCCUCGAUGGAGCCCUGCGCCGCUGGCGCGUCGCGCAAGUACAUUGACGAAGAUGACUCACAAUAUUUCGGGUCUAGCGGGGUCUACACACGACACUGCGUGCGGCCGACCCGCGUUGGUUGCGACACGGCGUAUUUACGGCCCAGAACGUGCUUUACAGGGUUCCAAGUAUCAGGGUACAAGAGAUACCAGGUGAUGGUGACUCUACAGACCGUCGAAUUGCCCUAUGAGGGUGCGACGUCGACGUCGCCACACAUGACCGGGUUUCUCACCAUCCGGGGGCUUACGAACCAGCAUCCGGAAAUCACGACCUUUUUUGAGGGCUACGCGGUGACGGACACGGUCGGGUUUUUGUCGAGUGCGAUGCCAACGGAGCUGGCGUCACUCAAGGCGUACGACCAGAUCGAUCUCGAACAUUGGCUUAACUUCCCCUCUUUCAAAGAGCUUUGCAUGCAGCCCACUACCACGGGCGACGAAUCAAGCAGCAACAUAAUGCACAGUGUUCUUGAUGGCUCCUACAGUCAUGCGGACUAUCUGUCGAACAGAUUUAUCUACAUGCGCUGGAAAGAAAAAUUUCUGGUGCCGGAUGCGGAAAUCGACUCCGUCGAGGGUGCGUCUUACGACGGAUACUACUACAUUGUACACGACCAGAUCACAGGCGGAGUCCUCGGCUUUUACUACCAUAAGGAUGCUGAAAAAUUUCAGCAGCUGGAACUCGCACCUGUCAGCAACUCCUGCUGCACGGGCGAUUGCAGCUUCGAGUUUAACUGA